UGUAAAAUCCCUGUGUGAAGGAUUGGAAACUGCCAUUACUCGGCAACGGCUAGGGAUACUGCCACCAGCUGAAAUAAUCCACAACAGAGUGAAGAAUUUGUACACAUGGAGAAAUGUGGCUGAGCGCACUGAAAAGGGUUUAUUGUAAAAUUCAGCUACAUUUUUGGUGAAAGAUGGCUUCUGAGAAUGAAAACAGCAGGCAGCCUGAGGCUGCAGGAGGGAGUCUGUAUGGAGAUUAUAUCUCCAACCCACUGAUGAGUGACACUGAAUCAGACUGGUCUUCUCUUCACGAUGCUGCUAUUCAUGGGCGUCUCACAUCACUCCGGCAGCUCAUCAGCCAGGGCCACAGUGCAAAUGUCCUUACAAUGAACCGAGUUUCACCGCUCCAUGAAGCCUGCCUUGGUGGACACACUGCCUGUGUAAAAUAUCUGCUGGAAAAUGGAGCAAAGGUAAAUAUAGCUACGAUUGACUGGAACACUCCGCUUUACAAUGCAUGCUACAGUGGCAGUGAGGCCUGUGUGAAUCUGCUCUUACAACAUGGAGCUGAACCCCAAGGAGAAUAUGCAUUGGCUUCACCCAUCCAUGAAGCAGCAAAGCGAGGUCACACAAAGUGUAUGACAAUCUUGCUGAAUCAUGGGGUGCCCAUUGACUAUGGUGUCACACAUCUGGGGACACCCCUUUAUGCAGCCUGUGAAAAUCAUCAGAUGGACUGCGUGAGAAGCCUCCUAAGCUCAGGUGCCAAUGUUAACAUGAGCAAAAAUCUUGAAUCACCACUUCACGUGGCAACUAGGAAUUCUGAUACACAACUAGUCAAUCUACUGCUAGAACAUGGAGCAGACACUGACGCGAAGAAUGCUGAAGGGAAACGGCCUGUGGAACUUGCGUUACCAAACAGCUCUUUAGAAAAAUUGCUUUUGCAAUGGGAAGGUACUGGCCAAAAAAAUUCAUUUCUAAAGUAAAGGUACAAGAAACAGAAUAGCAUAUGCUAUAAUGCCUGAAAGAAAUGACAUAGGGUACCUUUGUACUACAUAUGGAUAUUAGUACCAUUCCUAUAUUAAAGAAAUUGUUAUUAUU